AUGGGACCCCCUAAAUCGAAAAAAAGGGUGAGAAAACAGGCAGAUCCAGAAAUUGGCGAUGCAAUCAGUCAGUUGAAUAAAAUAGCUGAAAAUGUAUCAGAAGGAAAACCGUACGACGAAUUUGGAAAGUAUGUAGCUGCAGAGCUGCGUCAAUUACCCCAACGUGAGGCUAUUUUAUUGCAGCAAGAAAUUCAGAAUUCUAUUACACGUGUAAAGCUAAUGUGUUUGGGAAAUGAUAAUCAACUAAAUAAUUACUACAGAGAGCCCCUUCAAGUGCAAAAUUUUUCACCGUUAUCCUCCCCCAGUGAUCCCAGCCCUGCCUCAUCAGCAACAUAUAAAGCAAAUGUGCAAAAUGACAAAGAUAGCGUUUAUGGUAACGAUGUUAUUCAUCAAGCACUAUUAAAUACAUUUUCGGGGGCAGAGUUUAAAAUAGUAGAAGAAGUUUCUCAAUGA